AUGACUACCGAUACGAGACUAUUUAAUAGACUAUCAAAUGUUCUUCCAAAAUGGGACAAUGCAUUUGCUGUGAUUCCACAAUCACAGCAUGCUGUAUUAGAUGUGAACGGAGGAAAUGACAAGGAUCCAAAUAUUCAUUAUGUUUCGAAGAUGCAAAGCCUGGAAGAUGCAGAAGAACAAGAAGAGACAUUAGAGAAAUAUUUUAAACAAUAUUCAAGUGAACUAGAGUAUUUGGAGCAGCAAGGUUUCGUUAAUCUUACAAAGCUUGCCUUUUGGAAGGCUUCAUCAUUUAAAGUAGGAAACCCCAUAGCAAACGCUAUUGACGACGAUCCAACAACAUUUUGGCAGAGUGAUGGUGUUCAACCACAUAAGAUUGAUAUAAGCUUCAGUAAAAGAGUAGACGUGGUCCAAUUAGCCUUGUACUUUUGCCUUAUAACAGAUGAAUCUUACACUCCUGAGUUAAUAAAAAUAUACGCAGGAUUUAGCAAAUCAGACGCAUCACUGUACCGCACAUUUGAAAUCAAGAACGUCAAUGGCUGGGUUAUAAUAACAUUCAAUGGAAAUAGACCUCAAGAUGACUUACUAAGGUGCAGGUUUAUUCAGAUUCAAAUUUUGAGCAACCAUGAGAAUGGUAAAGAUUCACAUCUACGAGGAAUUAGGAUCUUUGGUAAUAGUGCCACACAGAAGAAAACCAUUAAUGCCGGGAAUCAAGCUUUGGAAAUGCUCAUUCAAAGCUCAGCUAUCACAAACGAAAGCAUCAGGUGA